AUCUGGCCUUUAUGACAAGUUUGAUAAAUACACCAUAUGAUAUAGAAACCUUAAAGUAAUUGUUUGGAUCUGGUGUAAUAAAACAAUUAACUUCCUAAGUAAACAUACACGAACAAAUGAUACCGUGAUAGCUGAGGCAUUAUUCAACGGCUCGUCAUUCACACUUUACAUAAGUCCCCCUCCCCCACUCCGCAGUGCAUCUUUAAUCGGACUGUCCUGGACCCCCACUCCGCAGUGCAUCUUUAAUCGGACUGUCCUGGACCCCCUUCUUCCAGACAACCUGCUAUCCCUCCACAAAGUCCUCACUCCUUUACCGUGCACCCCUGGCUAAUCUAGUCUCCGUCGUCUGCCCUCAGCUCUCAGCCGCUGUGAGGUGGUAACCAGACGGCGCUGCCCAGUUUAAGGAAGCUCAGUGCGACCCCGGUAUCCUCUGCUCACCCAAGCAUUAAAAAAAUCGAAACCCGCCUCAAUUCCAAAUAGGCUGUGCGUGUGCGUAUCUUCAGCAACUUCCGGAAAUCGUGUACGUGACUUAUCGGAAAGAUCAGCAUUCGGGAGAAGAGCCGGGCUGUGGUAACAAGAUUAAGUUACUCUCUGUCAGCGAGAUGUUUUCGGAUCAUAUACCAUUGCCUCGUGGAAAUGCAGAGUGCUGGUCCUCUGCAAUUGUUAUACUUGCCUCUAUUGUCUAUAUGCUCCAUAUUGAUCCAGCAGAUGCGGUGCAGCAUGUUUUGCGUCACCUGUUGAUCCUGCUUCUUUCAAGGUUCUGCAAACAUUUCUGCCAGUUUGUGGAAGAGUUCAGACACAUCCCUUCUAGGUACAAAAACUGCUGGGAGGCUUUCAGAGCAUCAGUUAACUUAAUGGAAUGUGCUUCUGGAAUAAUCCUUUUCUUAGUGUUAUGCUACCAACCUAAUGGGAGUAAAGAUAAUGGUGUAGCUAUCUGGAGUUCUUUUGGAAAGGACAUGAGCGCUGCCUGUCUCUGCUACUCGUUGCUGAAAAUUAUUAAUAGUGAUCACACAACAGCUGAAAUUUCAACCAUUUCUGAGAAGAAUAAGCUUAAUGUCGCUCAUGGAUUAGCUUGGUCUUAUUACAUUGGUUACUUGAAGUUAAUUUUACCUACCCUGGAAGGUAGAAUAAACAGUAUCAUUAAAGAAGUACCAGAGCAUAUUGGAAUCGAGAAGUUGUACAUCCUAAUUCCGUUCAGCUGUAAGAUUUAUGAUAGACUGGAAAAGAAGGACAAUAGGAUCAAAUUCCAUCACAAUCUACCAGAGGUCCACCUUGAUAGAGCAGGGAUAAAAGAAAGAAGUUACACAAACAGCAUUUAUUUAGUUAGUGAUGAAAAGGGGAAGUCUCAUCACUGUAUCCUUGAAUAUGCCACUCCACUGCAAUCCCUGUUUGAAAUGUCCAAUGAUGCCACAGCAGCAAUAAGCAAGGAGCAGCGUUUGGAGCAGGCCAAGCUGUUCUACGUCAUCUUGAACAAUAUACUGAACAACUCUCUAGAAUGUGCUGGACUCUUCAAACUAAUUCCGUAUGAUGAUGAUUUGGAGGAUAGUAAAGAGAAUACUCAUUUUUUAUCUACAAUGAUUCUAAAUGGUUUGAAGCAGGAGAGAAUAGAAUACCCAAUACCAGAGGAAAACACUUGGGAUGAAACAUCAAAUGCUGGUUUUCAAAGUGCUCAAGAAUAAUGCCACGUCCGCUGCCUGCCUGCCUGUCGUUUCGAUACAAUGUGUAUCCUUGGAUAUGAAGUUCCCAGCUAUACUCUUCUUUCAACCAUGAUUCAGUGAAGCCUACACCAUACCUUUCAAUCUGCAACUGUGCGGCAAGUUCAUCUACCUUAUUCCGUAUACUGCGUGCAUUCAAAUAUAACACCUUCAGUCUUGUAUUCACCCUUUUCUAUUUUGUCCACCUUUUAUAUUGUAACUCAUCCUGUUGACUGCAAUCAACAGCCUCUCCUUACUACUCAUUGCCUUUAUUUGCCUACCAGCUACCUCAUCUUCAGCACAAUUAUUGGCCUUACCCACGAUGCCUCUUGCAGCUUAGGUCACUCUGGUUCUCAUCCCCGUGCAAAUCUAGUUUAAACCCCACUGUGCAGCAUUAGCAAACCUUCCUGCUCGGAUAUUAGUCCCCCACCAGUUCAGGUGAAAACUGUCCUUUCUGUACAGAUCCCACCUUCCCUGGAAGAGAGCCCACAGAUCCAAAAAUCUUAAGCCUCUCUCCUACACCAACUCCUCAACUGCAUAUUAAACUGUGUAAUCUUCCUAGUUCUGGCCUCAUUAGCAUGUGGCAUGGUCAGCAAUCCUGAGGUCACAACCCUGGAGGUCCUGCACUUUAGCUUUGCACCUAAAACUCCCUAAACACCCAGUGCAGAGCCUCGUCACUUGUCUUACCCAUGUCAUUGGUACCUACAUGGACCUUGACUUCUGGCUGUUCACCUGCCACUAAAGAAGCUGAGGACUCUAUCCGAGUUAUCCCUGGGAGACAACAUGCCAUCCGGGAAUCUCGUUCUCAGCCACAGAACCUCCUAUCCGUUCCCCUAACUAAUGAAUCCCCUAUCAAUGCAGCAUGCCCCUUCUCCCUCCUACCCUUCUCAGUCAUAGAGGCAGACUCAGCGCCAGAGGCACACCUACUGCAACUUUGCUCUGUUACGUAAUCCCCCUGACAGUAUCCAAAGUGAUAUACCUGUCAUUAAGGGGAAUGGUCACAUUGGCUCCUUAACCCUUUUCCCCUUCCUGACUGUCACCUAGUUUCCUGUGUCCUGCACCUUGGGUAUAGCUACCUCCCAAUAUGUCCUAUCACCCCUUCAGUUUUCCGAAUCCGGAGUUCAUUCAGUCCCAGCUCCAACUCCUUAAUGCAGUUUUUUAGAAGCUGUAGCUGGACACACUUCCUGCAUUUAUAGUCAUCAGGGACACUUGAGGUCUCCCUGCCUUCCCACAUCCCGCAAGAGGAGCAUUUCACUGUCCUGCCUGUCAUGCGUACUGUACUGGCUGAGCAGUUAGAAAGAAGGGAAUGCAAAAAAAAUGGAGCUUUUCUUUUCAUUGCUUUCUCUGAGUGAACCCUCUCUGGGCUGAAGCAUCAAAGAGCUAAAACGUUAAAGAUCACCACUCUGACUAUGUCCACUCAGAUGACAGCCAAUGCAAUGAUGGUUGAUAUGCUUGCCCCGCUUUCCUUUAAUUUGCUGUUGCUGAUCAAUCCCAAAUACUAAUUGGUUGCUGGUCAAAUCUCUUUUACGCUUCUGCAACCUGCUCCUACCUCUUAUCCUCAUACAGCAGACCUCAUUGAAGUCCACUCCUCUCCAAACUUCCAAUGUCCAGAUUGGCCACUGGUCAAAGCUCUAAAGAAGAACGACCACCUGGCCUGCCUGGAAUUCGGUCACUUGGCUUCCUGAAUAUAAGUCAGGUUUUUGUCGUCUGUUCAUCUGAUAAAAGGGUUCCUGCCCCUCUCAAGCCAGUAACACCGUGUAUCCUGAGCCAAAUUGACUGUGAGAAGCUCUCUAUUUCCAAUGUCGUAGUUCACCUCUGCCGGGGAUAGCUGCCUAGAAAAGAAUUCACAUGGGUGCAGUUUAUUGUCUGAAGGUGUCCAUGGAGAAAAUAUUGCACUCACACUAACGUCCAAGGCUUCCAUCCCCACAAUGAAGGGAAAGUCCAGGUUGAGUGUAACGAAAAUGGGAGCUGUGAUGAACCGCUGUUUGAGCUCUGCAAAAGCAGUCUCCACUUCGGUAGUCCAAACAAAAGGGCCCUUGGAUUUCUUGGUUCAAGCUGAAGUUUCUGAUGAACUUUUGGUAAAAUUUGCAAAUUCCAGGAAUCAUUGGACUUGUUUCACACUGAAUGCUUGUGGCCAAUCUCCGACUGCCUGUAUCCUACUGUGGUCCAUCUUGAGAUUGCCAUUAGAGAUGAUGAAACCCAAAAAUGGAAUACUGGAUACAUGACAUUCCAGCUUAAUGAAAAAGCCUCUCCAUUUUCAAGAAGCUUCUUUAAGAAAUGUCUGACAUGAGCAACAUGUUCCUCCAUGGACUUCAAGAAAAUUAGAUGAAGGCAUACUUAAUGGAGAGCAUCCCAGAGCAUGUCAUUUUUAAAGGCCUGGAAAACUGCUGACACAUUCACAAAGCCAAAGGGUAUGACGAGGUAUUCAUGCUCUAUCGGUAUUGUUAUGUACCCCUAGGGUUCAUAUUUUCUGUGGACUAACACUGUAAAAUGUCAGUAGAAUGAGGCUGUCUUUUGGACACUGACCCCCCCCCCCCCCGUGAA